CGAAAAACAGUAGAAAGGGCUGCGUGCCGUCACCUUGGUCGCGAGGUCCAGUUGAUCAGUUGAAGCAAAAUGGCGUCGUCCUUCAAGUCUCUCUCUCCGAUUCCAACGUACUGAGCCCCAGUUCCCCCCUAAUAUUUUAAUAUCGAAGCUCACUUUCGUAUUUUCCCCUUAAUUGCUCUGAACUUCACAAUUAGGGAUUUUUUUAAUUCAUAAUUGAGCUUGGAGCUGCUCCUUAUCGAAAUCCAACUUGCAUCAUGGAGGACAAUUUUGAAAGUAAGGAGCCUUAUUUUGAGAGGGAUUCACGUAGUAGGUAUGGCCAUGAAUACAACAGAAAGAGGGAGCAUUAUUCUGAGAGGGAUUCACGUAGUAGAUAUGACCAUGAACGCGGUAGAAGUAAGGAGUCUUAUUCAGAAAGGGAUUCCCCUAGUAGGUAUGACCAUGAAUAUGGUAGAAAGCGAAGCAGAUAUGAGGGUUCCAAGAGAACACCUGGCAGGCCUGACUGGGAUGAUGGGCAAUGGGAAUGGGAAGAUACUCCUCGAAGGGACAGUGUCUCUAGUUCUAGACAUCAUCAACCUUCACCAUCCCCUAUGUUUCUUGGUGCCUCACCUGAUGCACGAUUGGUUUCUCCAUGGUUAGGAGGCAAGUAUGAGAUUACUGAAAGCAUGCACGCAGAGAUGGAAUAUGAUGCUGACCGGGCAUGGUAUGAUAGAGAGGAAGGUAGCACAAUGUUCGAUGGAGGAGAUAACUCAUCCCUUUUUCUUGGAGAUGAGGCUACCUUUCAAAAAAAAGAGGCUGAGCUUGCCAAAAGACUGACUAGAAGAGAUGGGACCAAGAUGUCCCUUGCUCAGAGCAAGAAAUUGUCUCAGCUCACAGCUGAUAAGGCUCAAUGGGAGGACAGACAACUGCUGAGAUCAGGAGCCGUUAGAGGUACAGAGGUUCAGACUGAGUUUGAUGAUGAGGAAGAACGCAAAGUUAUUCUUCUGGUGCAUGAUACAAAACCUCCAUUCCUUGAUGGCAGAGUUGUUUUUACUAAGCAGGCAGAGCCAAUUAUGCCAAUAAAAGAUCCAACAUCUGACAUGGCUAUAAUUUCUCGUAAAGGAUCUACUCUGGUCAGAGAAAUACGUGAGAAACAGAGUUCAAAUAAGUCUCGCCAACGUUUUUGGGAGCUUGCAGGCUCAAAACUUGGCGAUAUCUUAGGUGUUGAAAAGACAGCAGAACAGAUUGAUGCAGACACUGCUACAGUGGGUGAACAGGGUGAAAUAGAUUUUAAGGAAGAAGCUAAGUUUUCACAGCAUUUGAAAAAGGAAGAGGCUGUGAGUGAUUUUGCCAAGUCAAAGAGUAUUGCAGAGCAAAGGCAAUAUCUGCCCAUUUUUUCAGUGCGAGAUGACCUAUUACAGGUAAUUCGAGAAAAUCAGAUUGUGGUAGUGGUUGGAGAAACAGGCUCAGGAAAGACAACCCAAUUGACACAGUAUCUGCAUGAGGAUGGCUACACUAUAAAAGGUAUAGUAGGUUGCACCCAACCCAGGCGUGUGGCAGCUAUGAGUGUGGCCAAGAGAGUCAGUGAGGAGAUGGAGACAGAGCUGGGUGAGAAGGUUGGCUAUGCUAUACGGUUUGAGGAUGUGACUGGGCCAAAUACCAUUAUAAAGUACAUGACAGAUGGGGUUCUUCUACGAGAAACACUCAAAGACUCUGAUCUAGACAAGUAUCGGGUUAUUGUCAUGGAUGAAGCCCAUGAAAGAUCAUUAAACACGGAUGUUCUUUUUGGAAUAUUGAAGAAAGUUGUAGCUCGGCGUCGUGAUUUUAAGUUGAUUGUCACAUCAGCAACUCUGAAUGCACAGAAAUUUUCACAUUUCUUCGGAAGUGUGCCAAUUUAUCAUAUUCCUGGGAGAACAUUUCCUGUGACUACAUUAUGGAGUAAAACUCCAGUUGAAGAUUAUGUUGAAGGUGCAGUGCAGCAGGCCAUGAGGAUUCACAUUACUAGUCCUCCAGGUGACAUUCUUAUCUUCAUGACUGGCCAAGAUGAGAUUGAGGCAGCUUGCUACGCCCUUGCAGAAAGAAUGGAGCAGAUGGUCUCUUCUUCAAAGAAAGCAUUCCCUAAACUCUUGAUUCUACCCAUAUACUCUAGUUGAUCCUAACCACGAAGGAGUAUAUGCAAUGUGCUACAGCCGUGGAGCCCCAGUGGUUGGCUGAGCUUGGACCCAUGUUUUUCUCUGUUAAGGAGUCUGAUACAUCAUUGCUGGAGCAUAA